AUGGUGUCCUUUUUCGAUUCUAGAUAUGAAUCUACAUUCAAUGAAACAGCUACUACAAACACAUUAAAUCAAGUUAAUGGAAGAUUGAUGAGUCAUUCUCAACCUCAAACAACGUAUACUCCAACAAAUGAUCUAUCGAAUACUAUAUUAUCUCAACAGAUAAUUCCGCCAAAAACUCGAAUGUUUUUAAUACGUCGUACAUUUUUAUUAAUCGUUACGUUCGAUGCUAUAUUUAUGGUCUUAUUAUGGAUUAUAUAUAACCAAAUACGUAAUAUAACUAUUGAUGAAGCUUUUAAAAAAGAAGUUAUCAAUUAUUCAAUAAAAUCAUCUUUAUUUGAUGUUGUUGGUUUAUCUGGAAUGCGAUUUAUUAUUUUAAUGAUUCCAUAUGCUAUAUUAAGAUGGUCUCAUUGGAUUUUUGUAGCUUUUACAACUCUUAGUUCAACUGGAUUUAUUCUUGCGAAAACAUGUGUAUUUACUAUCGAUGAGACAAAUAAAAGUGCGACGAAUUAUAUUAUAUUAAUAGCUUCAUUUAUUUUGGCAUGGGUUGAAAUAUGGUUUUUCGAUUAUCGGGUCAUUCCACAUGAACGUCGUUUAAGAGAAGCAUUAAAUCAUGGUGAAAGACGACAAUUGAUAUAUUCGUAUGGAAGCGGGUCAAUAUCUCCGAAUUCUCUAUUAUUAAAUCAUCAUCAUCAUCAUCAUACUGCAAUAACUCCCAAUGAGCAACAUCAAUCGUUCUAUUCUCCUCUAUAUUCUGUCGAUGGUAGUGAUACAGAAGAUACAAGACAUGAACCAUUACGUGCUGUUCAUUCCGAUUCGAAUGUAUCACGAUCAUUAUUAGCAACUUCAACAUCAUAUCUUGAUGAUGAUAAAAUUGAUGAUUAUCAAAAUCAAGCGAAUGAUACUAUUAAUGAAAUAUGGAAAAUAUAUAAAGAUGAAAAUUCUUGGUGUAAUGAAUUGAAAAGUCGAGAUGGACUUGAUACUGUUGUUUCAAAAACCUUUCCAAAAUGGGGAAAAGUUUUUCGAUUAACUGGUACUGUUGCAGCGCCUCGUUCUCUUAUUGUUGAAAUGCUAUUUGAACAACAAGAUGAUAUACCAAAAUGGAAUCAAUCUGUGAUUGAUUGUCAAAUAUUACAAGUUAUUAAUAGUGAUUUCUAUCAACUAACCGGCGAACAAGCACAAGGUUUUAUUACAAAACGUGAUUUUGUUAAUUUAACAGCACGUCGAUGUAUUGAUGGUGCUACAAUAUUAGCAGCUCAAGCAUGUCUUCAUCCACGAAUGCCACCAAAAGACACUUGUGUUCGUGCGGAAAAUGGACCAACUGCAUAUAUUAUUGAAAAAAUCGAUGAAACAACUUGUAAAUUUACUUGGUUACUUAAUGUUAAUUUAAAAGGAUGGAUUCCACAAUAUAUUAUAAAUAGUGCAUUAGCUGGUGUACAACUUGGUCUUGUUGAAGCACUUCGAAAAUAUAUAUCGAAAACAGUUGAUGUAACAUCAUCGUAUUCAUCAUCUCCAGGUGAUCAUACGAUAUAA